CCAUUACACCGUCUGCUUUCUGCCAGUAUCGGUGAAGAGCAGAGCUCCCCGCUUUGAGAUGGCAGUCCGCUAAGCAAGCCAUCGAGUCGGUGAGAGGCGAGCCCAGUGCUGGCGAGCAAAGCCCGAGCUGUCCUCUCGCAAGUGUUGCGCCUCCGCACAGACACUGCAUUCUGGCUCUUCGGACCUGUUUCUCAAGUCUCAGUGCAUAUUCUGUCGUAUUCAGUGCAUCAGUAUGAGCUGCGUAGACGCCGCAAGCCCUGCUUCUGCGCCGGUGAGAGGGGCGCGCAUGGUGGAGGGGAAGAGCUUUGCGCGCGUCGCCGAGUCUCGAUGCUGCGCUGCGUCUGGCUGCGCACUAUGCACAGGCGACGAUGCUCUCCCGCCUCCUUCCUCUCCACAUCCUCCAUCCCAGCAGCAGCCAUGGCCUCGCCGCCGCCGCAGCUCAUCGUCUGGGCGCCCAGCUCCGCCGACACUGCGGGCCUGCCCACGCUCGACGCCGCCUCGCUGUAUGCCGCCUCGCUGCUGCGGGCCGCAGCGCUGCCCUUCGCCGUCGGCACCCUGCAGCCGCUGCUGCACGCGCGCGCCCCGCUGCUCGAGGCGCACCUCAGCGCCGUGCCGCUGGCACACUCGCCCGCCGAGUUCAAGGCGCUGGCACUCGCCGCUCUCGACGGCGCAGGCAGCAGCAGCGGCAGCAGCAGCAGCAGCAGUCGCGCGCCGGUGCUGCAGGCGCCCCAGCCGGCGCACGCGGCACUGGCGGCGCUGCUCGAGCGCUCGCUGGCACCUGCACUGCUGCACGCGCAGUGGUUCACGCCGCUCUUUGCCACGCACACGUUCUCUGCGUACGCCGCCGGUCUCUCAUGGCCGCGUUCGCGCUCUGCGCCGCACCGCCUGCGCGCGGCGCUGCGCCCGGAGCUGGCGCGCCGCAUGCGCGAGCUCGGGCUCGGCGAGGCACUGCAGGAGACAAAGGAGCAGGAGGCAAAGGAGCGAGAUGAGGUGGCGCGGAGAGCUGGCAUCCGCCUGCGCAAGGGCUUGAGCGAGCAGGAGAAGCGUCAGACGCAGGAGAAGUUCGGAGAGGCAAAGUUCAUCGAGCAUGCACGCAGUGUCUUGCAGACGGUCGCCACGGCACUAGGCUCGGACGAGUACUUCGACGGCGCGUCUGGACCCUCGCCGCUCGACAUCCAGCUCUUUUCACUCCUCGCACCACUGCUGCUGCCGCCGUCGUACGAAGCCCUCGCGACCUCUCCGCUCGCACAGCUGCUGCGCUCCUUCCCCACGCUCGAGGCACACACGGCGCGCCUGCGCUCGCUGCUCUGGCCCACCCGCGUCGCAGCCGACGGCGGGCUCGAGGCCGUCGACUGGCCUGCACUGCCUGGAGACGACGUCGCCGCUGGCCCCGGUGUGGCGUACACGGUCGGCCACGCAGCUGGCAGCGUCUGGGCAUUCGGCGCGUCACUUCCCGACCGGAUAGCCUCCAGCUUCUCUUCUCGCCGCACAGCAGCAACGCAGCCCACAGCACCCGCCGAGCCGCCGCACGUGCGAGCACAGCGGCGCCGCAUUCUCUGGGGUCGCGCCGUGUGGAUCGGCACGGCAAUCGUCGGCGUCGUCUUUACGGCAUUCGCCAGCGGCCUGCUGAGCAUCGAGUUCGUCGAUGACGAAGACGACGAGGACGAGGGCUACGUCGUGCUCGAGGAGGCGGACGGCGUGCUGCGGCCUGCGCAAGUGCGACGAGUAGAGAGCGACGAUGAGGAGGAGCUGGAGGAGGGAGAGGAAGAGGACGAGGACGAGGAGGGAGAGGAAGAGCAACUGGGAGUCGAGGCGGAGGAUGGCUGGGAAGUACAAACAGAGGUGGACGAAGAGGAGGAGCUGGACUUUGCCUUUGUCGACGAUGACGAUGAGUAAUGCAUGAUUCGCACCUCU